AUGGCCGAGUCGUCGACGAUCGAAGUAAGGCUAGUUCGUUGUCCAAAGUGCAAAAAUCUCUUACCAGAGCCUAAGGAUUGCUCCUUUUUCCAGUGCGGUGGUUGUGGAACCAUUCUUUGCGCCAAAAACAAGGACCGUGAAGCAGAUCCAGUGUCUGAUAAGUCCGUGGAUAAUAGAGCCAAAGAAACUCAAGUUAACCUUAGUUCAAGUGAAGAAGAAUUAGAUUUGGAUGAUGCUUCAUUAAGACACCAACAAAUUGGUCAAACAGAGACUUUUGAUGUUCACACUGAUGAUGAUCCUUGCUCGAAAGUGAAUGUUAACGAUUCUCAAUCGGGUUUGGAUCGGUUUAGGAAACUGAAAAGAGCAAUCAAGAGAUACGACUCCGAGGGCUUCAGAUUCUCUGCUUCAAACUACUUUCAAGAUUCCGUGUAUAGUGAUGAAGCAAUCCGGCAAGACAGAGCCGGGCUGGUGAAAAAGUUGGAUAGGCUAAAAGAAAAGGCUCCUCUGCGGUUUCCAAGUUCCGGGAAACACAUUGCAGGACCUUCCUAUAACCAUAUUUAUCCUCCAUGUCACUAUAACCAAAACCCUGAUGCUUCUCUGCACGGUCAGAUGCAUAACUCAGCUUAUGGAGACCCUCACAGGCUCAUGAUGCAUGAAAGAGCUCUGCAUCCAUCUCAUCCGCUCCAUUCCACAAAGUAUGACGAUGGUUUGUUCGAUACAUACCAGCGAAACGGGAUGCUUCACCAGUCAAGUUGCUCUUGUGUCCACUGCUAUGAUCCAUAUCAUAGAGCUUCAGGCUCAGUGUUUCCUCCAUCAGGCUUGCCUGAUGCUCUGCGUAAUCCUGGUUUUUACACUCAUGAGACAAGUUUUGGUUUUGCUCCAUUGCAUAGUCCACGAACCUUUGUUCCUCCUCCUCCUCCUCCUUCUCAAUCUCGUGGUCUAGGAAGACGUCCGAAUGAUCUUUCUCUGUUGCAUCAUCACCCUAAAGCUGGAUCAGCUUCAGGUUGUUCUCGCUUAAUCAACCCUGUGGCUGGUGGUGCACCGUUUAUAACCUGUAGAAACUGCUUCAAGAUUCUGAAUUUGCCAGACAAAACAGAUUCCUCUACAAGAAAGCGACAGAGACUUCGCUGCGGAGCGUGCUCUUACUUGAUAGAAUUUUCCUUUCUUGAUAAGAAACUAGUCCUUCUCUCUACGGAUCCUGCUUCAGAGAGAAGACCACAAACUCAUAGAAGGCUGCAUUGGUCAACUGCUGCUACUUUCUCUUCUGAUGACUACGAUAAUGCUCCUUACGAAUUCCAUGCAGUGGAUACGGCUUUGAUCUCCGACAAACCUGAAGAAGUGCACAUUGCGGAUUCUACUUCUCCUGAAGUGUCUGAAGACGACCUAAGUUCAGAUAGUCCUCUGCCUCUUCACAAACAGUUUGAAUACUCUUCAAUCAAUGGAAGAAACAAGAAGGGCGGGUUUGCGAGUAUCGUGAAGAACAGCUUCAAGGAUCUAAAGAAAUCAAUCAAGAAUGAAAGCAGAAGUAGUGAUGUUUCGGUAAAUGGGCAAUCUGUAGCUGAACGUCUGGUGAAAAUGGCAGAGAAGCAAGCUGGACCAAUCCGGCCAGGAAGCUACUGGUACGACUAUAGAGCUGGAUUCUGGGGAGUAAUGGGAGGUCAAUGUCUUGGAAUCUUACCGCCUUUCAUUGAAGAGCUGAAUUACCCAAUGCCAGAGGAUUGCGCUGGCGGAACCACAAGAGUCUAUGUGAACGGAAGAGAGCUUCACCAGAAAGACCUGAGAUUGCUCAAUGCAAGAGGUCUCCCGAGGGAGAGAGAACGGUCCUACACGGUUUACAUCUCAGGUAGAGUCAUAGACGAAGACACCGGUGAAGAGCUAGCUAGUCUUGGCAAACUCGCCCCAACGGUCGAUAAGCUGAAGCGUGGGUUUGGGAUGAGAGUUCCAAGGAGAAGUGCAUGA